AUAUUGCCCGCCGCGUGCCGGAGAUAGUGGUCCGGCCUCCCGCGACAGAGCCGCUCGCGUCGGUGGCCGACGCGCCGCGCCGCCAGGCAACAAGCAUUCGUCCUUGAACGGGGCGGGCCAUGCUCUCCUGGCCGCUGUUGCUGCUGCUGGCGGCCGCGCUCGGCUGGCUGUGGGCGCGGAGACCGCGCCGUCCGUCCGGCUUCCCCCCCGGUCCUCCCACCUUCCUCAUCUUCGGCGACAUCCGGACGACGCUAGAAUUGCUGUUCGGAGACGUCCGCGAGGUGCUGCUCGACCGCCGGCGACGGUACGGCGACAUCAACGGCGUCGUCAGCCCUGGCGGGCAAUUCAUCGUCAACAUCUGCGCCUUCGAGGACAUCAAGGAGGCGUGCAGCAUGCCCGAGCUCAGCGGCAGACCCGAGACGUUCUCCUUUCUGGUGCGCAGCUUUAUGCAGAAACUGGGGAUAAUCUUCAACGACGGGGUGGUGUGGCAGGAAAGCAGGAGGUUCGCACUGCGGCAUCUGAAAGACCUGGGUCUGGGCAGGAGCUCAAUGGAGGACAGCAUCCUGGCCGAGUUCGAGCACCUACACGCGGAAAUGGAGUGCGACGUCGGGAAGCCGAUGCUGGUAAAUAAUCGCUUCAACCUGACCGUUCUGAACGUGCUGUGGAAGAUGGUGGCGAGCGAGCGGCUGGACCCGGCCGACCCGCAAUCCAUGGAACACGUGCGCCUCGUGAAUGACUCAAUCGCGGAGUUGGGGCCGCGCAACUUGCUGAUGAUAGCACCGUGGCUGCGCCACGUGGCGCCCGGCCUCAGCGGGUACAACGCGCUCGUGCAGCAACGGGACGCCGCGCUGGCCAUGUUCCAGCGCCUGGUGCGCCAGCACCGCGCCACGCUGGACCCGCGCGAUCCGCGCGAUUACAUCGACCGCUUCCUGCUGGAAAUGGAGACGGGGGACGCCGCUGAGCGCGGCUUCAACGAGCUCAAUCUGGUCGUUAUCGGCAUGGACUUCCUGCUCGCCGGCAUGGAGACGACGUCCACCUCUCUGAGCUGGGCGCUGCUCUUCAUGGUGAAGCACCCAGAGGUGCAGCGCCGCGUGCAGCGCGAGGUCGACGCCGUGCUCGGCGGCCGCGCGCCGGCCGGUGCAGACCGCCUCGCGCUGCCCUACACGGACGCCGUGCUGAUGGAGCGCUUCCGGCCGGAGCGCUUCUUGGACGAGUCGGGCGCGGCGCGCCGCGACCCGCGGCUCAUGCCGUUCGGCGUCGGCCGCCGCUCGUGCCUGGGCGAGCAGCUGGCGCGAGCUGAGCUCUUCCUGCUGUUCGUCUGCCUGAUGCAGCGCUUCUCGUUCGAGGCGGUGCCGGGAGAGGCGCUGCCGUCGGACGGCCAGUACGCCUUCACCGCCCGCGGCGGCGACGCCAGCCGACGGGCGGACGCUGACGAGUACGGCCCGUGCAACUGA